AUGGAUGCCUUGGUUCUUCCUUUCAACAAAAUCAACGAAUACAAUGAACAUCCAGACGUUUAUUUGAAUGACUACGUUCAUGGCAAAGCGUUUGGUAACUACAGUUACCAUCUCGACCCAAAGAACGUUGCUCGAGACGAAAACGGAGACCUCUUAUUGUGGACUCGUCCUCCGGUUGGCGGUGUCGUUCCUUCCUCUCAACUAUCGACUCGACGCAGCGAUUUCCUUUUAGGAACUUAUCGCUCUUUGAUUUCCUUUCCGCGUUUGCCGGGUUCUUGUGCUGGUUUCUUUUACUAUUACAACGAUUCUCAAGAGAUCGACAUUGAAUAUCUGGGUCAGAAAAGCGAUAUGCUUUACGUUUCAAGUAAAACCAUUCCACUCCCAGAUUACAAAGCCAGCACUUGGGAGAACGUUCCUGUCAGCAAAGGAAGUUUGGAAGACAAAUUCAUCAAUUACCGUUUCGAUUGGCUUCCUGAUCGAGUCGAUUUUUACAUGGAUGAUAAAAGGGUUUCAACACUACCUGCCUCACCCAGCAUGCCAGGGAAGGUUAUGUUGAUGCAUUGGUCCAGUGGCGAUGAGAAUUGGAGCGGUACCCCACAUGCAGACAUUGUUAGCAAAUUCAGGAAUGUUGCGGCUUUUUUCAACUCCACAAGUCCUACCAUCAAGAGAAAUUACGAUACUUUGUGUCAGGCUCACCGGCAAGAAUCUACAGCGCUGUGCAAAGUUGCUAAUUUCUCGACUACCGACCUUUAUGGAUAUAACGAAAACGUCAUUCGCCUUUCGGCGUCGAGUACUGAUGAAACGUCCUCAGCUGUGAGGACCUCACCUUCAAUCGACGCAACAUGGGUUUCCCUUGUGGCCUGCAUAGUGGUUGUCGUCAUGUAUGUAAGCUAG